UCAUAUUAUUAUUAUUAUCAUUAUCCAGAACCCCACACACUCCCGGUACAUCAGUUUACUCUUAUACUCUUGUCCUUGCCGGCUGUAGACCAUCCUGGCUAGGGUGUGGAGAACUUGAGCAGAAGGACGCAGGCGCAGCUUGAUGAUAAGCUCUAGGCGAGGGAAAAAGAACCGCCUGAGGGGUGCAAGCUUUUCCUGGUGUGUGUCUAUGCUGAGACACACAUUCACAGAAUGGGUAGCUGUGGCGGUGCUUGACGAUUAAGUGGUGGAAGUUGAGGGAGAAAGAGGGACUCUUCCGCGGGUGGUCUCGCCCGAUGCACUUCUCUAUCUUCAUAUCAGUGCUCAGUGUUCCCUCGACCGCGACUGAGCGUUCCAAACUCGGUUUGAUUGUGAGUGCGUGUGUGCUCGAGGUCCGCGUGAUGGGACCUCGUUAUCUCGUUCGUCCAAAGUUUCAAGAGUUUCCUCGGUAGCUGUCGAUUUGGUAUUACGUAUAUGACAUUAUGAGUAGAUUGGAAUAUUGGUUUUAGAAAUGCAGGAUUUAUCACCCGGGGGGCCAGUAUUUCAAGUGUGUUUUAUUGUUUUGGAGUAAAAGUGUUUUGUUCAAUCAACCUUUUUUUUUUUUUAAGAUUUCGCUAAGAGGGAAUUCGGAUUGAGAGUUACACUAAAAUUUUGAACAAUCUAAAACAACUCGAAAAAAAAACCUAGUGAGUGAACGGAAUAAGUAAAUAUCGAGAACACAUUACUUCAAAAGAUAAUUAUCUCCUUGUGAGAUGUAACCAUUCUAAAUACCCAGACAAAGUCUUUCAAGCAAACUAGUUUAAGUGUCAAUAAAAAACAAUAAGAAUUAAAAAUGUCUCUGUACUCCCUAAACUGUACGGAGGGUCUGGUGAUCCCGAUGUGGUACCCUCAAGAGGACAUAGGACUGAGCGACAUAAUAAUCCGGGGAACGGUCUACUUCUUUCUGCUCCUCUACUUGUUCAUCGGAGUCUCAAUAAUAAGCGACCGUUUUAUGGCGGCGAUUGAAGUGAUAACUUCCCAGGAAAAGGAGCUGGUGGUCCGGAGGCCAGACCAGGAGCCGCAGAUAGUCGUAGUGAGGGUGUGGAACGAAACGGUGGCGAAUCUGACCUUAAUGGCGCUCGGAAGCAGCGCUCCAGAGAUUCUCCUCUCGAUAAUCGAAAUCUGGGCGAAAGACUUCCAGGCCGGGGACUUGGGCCCGGGCACGAUAGUCGGUUCCGCGGCCUACAAUCUCUUUGUGAUAAUAGCGCUCUGCGUGUUUGUGAUACCGAAAGGCGAGCACCGGAAGAUCAAGCACUUGAGGGUCUUCUUCGUGACAGCGACCUGGAGUAUUUUUGCUUACGUCUGGCUGUAUUUGAUCCUGGCAGUCUCCAGUCCGGGAGUGCUCGAGGUUUGGGAGGGUCUGCUGACUUUCCUGUUUUUCCCAGCCACGGUGCUGACGGCCUACGUCGCUGAUCAGCGAUUGCUCAUCUACAAGUACUUGCACAAGGGAUUCAGGAUGAACCAGCGCGGAGUUAUCGUCCAGGGAGAGGCCAGCGACUCUGAAGCCGGAGUCGAGCUGGAAAUCAAGGACCAUGAUGGUCCUCAUCUAUUCGUAGACAGAGUUGGGGACAGCUGCGGCCAGGAGGCCAGAGAAUUUGAGAGCACCCGGAAGGACUACAUCAACACUUUGAGGGAACUGAGGAAGAAACACCCCGCUCUGCCCUUGGAGCAGCUCGAGGUGAUGGCUCAUGAAGAGGUCCUGGGAAAAGGCCCCAAAAGCAGAGCGUUUUAUCGCGUUCUGGCCACCAGGAAGAUGGUCGGUGCCGGAAAUUUAAGCAGGAAGAUCAGCGAACGGGCCCAGAGUGAUCUUAGUGAAGUCAAGGCUGAACUUCAGAGGGCCGAAGCCGAGUGUGUUAAUAUUGAUGAUAUUAAUAAGAUGAGGAUCUUCUUUGAGCCUGCUCAUUAUACUGUGAUGGAAAAUGUUGGCACUUUUGAUAUCACUGUCACUAGGGUUGGUGGAGAUCUUGAUCAAGCUUGUACUGUUGAUUAUUUUACGGAAGAUGGGUCCGCUGAGGCUGGUGCUGAUUAUGUUGAAGUUAAGGGGACUCUUAGGUUUGAGCCUGGAGAAAUCAGGAAGACUAUCCAGCUGUCGGUAAUUGAUGAUGAUGUCUUUGAAGAGGAUGAGUGCUUCUAUGUCAAGCUAGCCAACGUCUCAGCUCCAGCAGACCUGGCGUCACCGAGUCUCGCGACAGUGAUGAUCCUGGACGACGACCACAGUGGAAUUUUCGGGUUCCCGGAGGGAGGUGUCAUCGAGCUGGUGGAAAGUGUCGGGCAGUAUCCUCUGAAAGUAGUGCGCUACAGUGGAGCCAGAGGACGAGUAGCAGUUCCUUACAAAACUACUGAAGGCACAGCCAAGCCCGGGAAGCAGUACGUCCACUGCGAGGGCUCUGUAAUCUUCGAGGACAAUCAAACCGAGAAGACGAUAAUGCUCACGAUAAUCGAAGAGGACUCUUACGAGAAGGACGCCCUCUUCUACGUCGAACUAGGCGAGCCCCAACUUCAAGGAGCCGAGGCAGGACUGGCUGUUGCUGCAGAACUCAAGCCCCCGGAGGAGAGGACCAAACAGGAGAGGAUGGCGAUAAUGGGCAAGCCGAAAUUGGGCGAAAACAAAGUUGCCCAAGUAAGGAUCAAGGAGUCCAAGGAGUUCAAGAACACCGUUGACAAACUGGUACAGCGAGCCAAUGCGUCUAUUAUUCUGGGUACGAGCUCGUGGAAGGAACAAUUUACGGAAGCACUUACAGUCAGCGGGGGAGACGACGACGACGACGCCGAAGCCGACGCCGAGGGUAGAGUUUCAACCCCAUCUACUGCGGACUAUCUCAUGCACUCACUCACUAUCUUCUGGAAGGUCUUGUUCGCGUUCGUUCCUCCCACCAACAUCGCCGGUGGAUAUUUGUGCUUCGUAGUCAGCAUAGCAGGUAUCGGAGUGGUCACUGCUGUCAUCGGAGAUGUGGCCUCAUACUUUGGAUGCACUUUGGGCAUCAAAGAUUCAGUAACUGCUGUCGUUUUUGUGGCUCUCGGCACUAGCAUACCCGACACGUUUGCCAGCAAGGUGGCUGCAUGUCAGGACAAGUAUGCAGACGCUAGUGUCGGAAACGUGACCGGCAGCAACGCAGUGAACGUCUUCCUGGGCAUCGGUAUCGCGUGGAGUAUCGCUGCCAUAUAUCAUGCCUACCACGGCAAUCAGUUUAGGGUGGAGCCUGGCAACCUGGCCUUCUCCGUAACUCUCUUCUGUUCGGAAGCCUGCAUCGUGAUAAUCGUGCUGAUGAUCCGAAGAUCGAAGGCCAUCGGCGGAGAACUGGGAGGCCCAGUCGGGAUUAAAAUCAUCACAUCCGGGCUGCUGUUCUCGCUGUGGGUCUUCUACCUGAUCAUGUCAACCCUGGAGGCCUACGGAGUGAUCAAGGGCUUCUAAACAGACUUCUCGGCCUACAAAUAUUUUACCCAGCUAAGUCUGAAUUUCUGAACGACCGAACGUUAUUACCGUCUUGUAAUUAUUAUUCACAAGACACUUUUCAGUCUUUAACUUCUAAGCUCUAAUAUUUUCCCAGUAUAUUUCUCAUUCUUACAUGCAUGCUCACUAUUUCUUCUCUAA